AUGCAUCAAUGGAUGAGGAAACCAGGGACCAUUGUCAACCAUUUCAAAUCUCUGCUCUUGGUUACCAACAAUCUCAGCUCUUGGAGGAGUUACUCGUUUGUUAAAGGAUCUCAAUUUGCUGCUUCAUUUGCUCACAAUCUCCCAAUCGCUGAUGGAGAUUUCAUCAAUUCAUCAACCCAUUUCUGCCCCCGUCGCUUUGAAUCCGUGAAAUCAGAAAAGAAGGCGAAUAAUGUUGAUGACAAUCAGGCUUUAGAGCUUCCAGAAGGAAAGGUCAAAUUCACUCCUAAAUUGAGGUUCAUAUCUGAGACGGCUGAUGAGCGGGAAUGCUGCUAUCGGGUCCUUGAUGAAAAUGGAAACCGAAUUUCAUCCAGCAACUAUGUGGAGGUCAGUAAAGAAGUCGCUAUAAAAAUGUACACCGACAUGGUUACUCUCCAGACAAUGGACACCAUUUUCUAUGAAGCACAAAGGCAAGGAAGGAUUUCCUUCUAUGUGACCGCAGUUGGAGAAGAGGCCAUCAAUAUUGCAUCUGCUGCUGCACUCAAAAUUGACGACAUUGUCUUUCCUCAGUACAGGGAGGCCGGAGUGUUAUUAUGGCGUGGUUUCACUAUACAAGAAUUUGCAAACCAGUGUUUCAGUAACAAAGCUGAUUAUGGGAAAGGCCGGCAGAUGCCAAUCCAUUACGGGUCUAACAAGCACAACUAUGUCACUGUAGCCUCAACUGUGGCUACACAACUACCGCAAGCUGUUGGUGCUGCGUAUUCCUUAAAGAUGGAAAAACAAGAUGCAUGUGCAAUUGCGUAUGUUGGUGAUGGUGGCACUAGCGAGGGCGAUUUCCAUGCUGCAUUGAAUUUUGCGGCUGUUACGGAGGCUCCGGUUAUAUUUUUCUGUCGGAACAAUGGAUGGGCUAUCAGUACACCUACUUCAGACCAGUUUCGGAGCGAUGGUGUUGUUGUCAAAGGUCGGGCUUAUGGAGUUCGAAGCAUCCGAGUAGAUGGUAAUGAUGCACUUGCCGUGUAUAGUGCAGUUCAUGCAGCACGUGACAUGGCUAUCAGAGAACAGAGACCAAUCUUAAUUGAGGCAUUAACAUAUCGAGUGGGACACCAUUCCACUUCAGAUGAUUCGACCAAGUAUCGUCCAGUCGAAGAGAUUGAAUGGUGGAAAAUGGAACGAGACCCUGUAACUCGAUUUAGAAAUUGGAUGGAAAACAACAGUUGGUGGAGUGAUAAGGCAGAAUUAGAGGCUAGAAGCAGUGCGAGAAAGCAGAUAUUACAUGCAAUCCAAGAAGCAGAGAAAGUUGACAAACCUCCAGUUGCUGACAUUUUCACAGAUGUAUAUGAUUCUCCCCCUUCCCAUCUCUGUGAGCAGGAGAAAUUGCUAAGAGAGGCGAUUAAAAGACACCCCCAGGAUUACCCAUCUGAUGUUCCUCUCUGA